UGUCACAGUGAACUCUUCAGAGGGAGCAGAAAACCUUCAGGUCCUCCAAAACAUUUAACAAAGAUGAAGAUACAGCAGAGUUUAAAGGAAGUGCUUAGAAAAUAAAGACCAGGAAGAGUCACAUUUUCCAACAUUUUCUGUAAACUCAGUAAAAUGCACCAAACUGAGGCUGGUUCAUGAGCACAGACACACUCAGUUUAAUCUGUCAGGUGUUCACAGAUUAAAUGUUCAGAUUUAAUAAAUAAAUGCAUUCAAUUUGAGUGUCUGACUAUAAAACUGGUCUCUGUGUCCUGCUGAUAAAUGUGGGCUCUGAGACAAACCCACUGCAUGCAGAUAAUUUGUGUUUAUGUGUCCUCAGUUUCCCAGCAUGCCCCGGCUGUGGUGGUGGAGGUGAAUGAGGGGGAAAGAUCUGUCCUGCUUCCCUGUCAGUACUCAGAUUUUAUACCUGAUGAUCCCACAGUGAUGUGGACUCGCUCUGAUCUUGAUCCCAAAUCUGUCCAUCUACGACGAGAAGGAGACGAUCUUACAGGGCAAAACCAGCGUUACAGCGGGCGCACAUCAAUGAGGUCUGAUGCUCUGGACACUUUAGACUUCAGCCUCACUCUGAGAAAACCAACAAAGACUGACAGUGGCAGCUACACCUGCUCCAUCAGUAAUGGGAGAGAAGAACUGCGACUGAGAGAUAUACAGCUGCAGGUCAAAGACCACCAGGUGGAGGUGGAGGUGGAGGAAGGCUCAGAGUCUGUCAUUCUGCCCUGCAAAACUACAGCUGACCUGCCUCAGGACACGAGAGUGGAGUGGACUCACUCUGACCCUGAACUGAUGGUGGUUCAUGUGUAUCCAAACAAAAGUAACCACCUGGAUGACCAGGACAGUUUUUACAGAGACCGAACAACAGUGAACAAAGACCUGCUGAGAACUGGAGACCUCAGUCUGACCCUGAAAUACCCCACAGAGAGAGACAGUGGAGGAUACAUCUGCACCAUCUACAGGGACAAAGACAUCCUGAGACACAAAGUAGUGCUGCAGGUCAAAGAACCAUUUCCAUCCUGGGCCAAAGCUCUCCUGGUUCUCCUGGUUCUUCUUGUGGUUUCUGGAGGUCUCAUAUAUUAUUUCCGUCACUAUUUCAUGUCAGGUGAGUGUCUCCUACUACACUACCCAUAAUGCCGAUGUUCAGCAGGUGUCCUCUGGUGGCUCCUUGACUGCGGCUCACACAAACUUGUUCCAGAAGCUGAAAGAGUUGAGAGUUACAAACAGCUGAUACAGAGAGCUGAAGAGAAACUUCCAGGUUUGUUCCAGAAGUCAGAAAACCUCCUUCAGACUCAGUCAUUGAUCAGUGAAACAGCUCCACAACAUGACUUUACUAAACAGUGUGUGUGCUUCACUGCAUUGAUCUGACACAGAGGCUGCAUGUGUAC